CGGUUCUAGCAGCAGACACAAUGAAACGAGGGGCAAUGUAGGACACCACGUUGGGGCUCGAAACGCAGACACGCCGAUAGAUAGCAGAGGCCGCUGCUGAUGAGAACAAAACGAGUUGAAAGUCUUUGGAGAAGAACCGAACGGGCUCAGGAAACGAGGCUCCCCAUCAUAACUCUUGCUUUGCCGUUAAACGCAGUCGCGUUAAAAUGUCGUUCGCCUACUCGGAUUAUCUGGCCGCCGAGUGUCUGGUGUCGAUAUCCAGCGGUCCCGUCCUCCAUCGACCCACCCCGGUGUCUGGUGCGGCUCAGGCCCCUCCUCAGGGCCUUCCUGCCGCGGAGCCGGACGGGUCGAGCGAGGACAGGGAGGUGCGGGAGACGCUCCGGUUAGAGGGGGCCAACAUGAUGACGGUGGCGGAGAUCCUCACCGACCUGCAUGGCAAGUUUCGUCCCAUGUCGGCCUACUCCGAAAGCAGCAACUCGUCGUGCGGAGAGAGCGGCUACACCACGUUGUCAGACUCCACCACCCCAACGCCGACCAUGACCCCCUCUGCCACCCCUGUCCCGGGACAGUACAAUAACACCCCUCAGCAGUUUUGGGGAGGAGGGGGCGCACCCCGGUCCCCCACCAAGCGUCACCCCUGUACUUUCGACGGGUGUGACAGGGUGUACGGCAAAUCAUCCCACCUGAAGGCGCACUUCAGGACCCACACAGGUGAGAGGCCCUUUCCGUGCACCUGGCCCGACUGCGAAAAGAAGUUCGCCCGUUCCGAUGAGUUGGCCCGACACCUGCGUACCCACACCGGCGAGAAACGCUUUCUGUGCCCACUCUGCGACAAGCGCUUCAUGCGCAGCGACCACCUCAUCAAGCACGCCCGCCGGCACCCCAGCUUCCACCCCUCCAUGAUCAACCGCAAAGGUUCGGCUCAGGGAUCCGCCUCGACCCAGUCCACCACCGCCGCCACCUCGUCCUCAGAGUACACCAGCACUGCCAUGUAGACGCCCCAUCACCGGGACCCCCGCCUUCUGCACUGUGACCACCGUCUCUGUCAGACACCGCAGCUUGACUCGAUCGCCGUGCAUGCUGGGAUCCUUUUAAGCUCAGUCUUCACUUCCACAGGCCAAAAAUUAAGAACUUCACCAUGUCUUCCUCCGAACCCCUUCGCCCAACCAGUGACGACCAAAACGGGCGAAGGAGACUCAAACGCUCAAGCACAUUCCCGAGUCGCGUGAUUAAAUGAUCACAUGGCCGACAAGUGAUGCCGAACGCAACACUGGUCUUAAAUUGCUUGGGUUGGGUGGAAUAGAUUUUUCUGAAAUACUGUAAAACACUUUUUUGGAUACAUGCGAACAAAAUGGCCAUCAGCGGUAGCACAAUAUUUUCCAUCGGCCAUCUUGUUGUAUCACUUGUCAGCCAUGUUUUCGAAUCUCCGAAAGGAUGCGUCACAGUUUAAGGGAAAGUUUACUCGUUCUUUGUCUUUUUACAGUCGUUCCAUCAAUCGUCAGAGACUUCACACAACCUUUGUCAUGUCUUUUUUGUACAAACCCUCUCUGGUUUUGCUUGUCCACACAUGCUGUGGAACGCAAUAACCAGAUACAUUUUCACAAUCAUCACAAAGUUUUUGUGUGUUACUCAUGAAUUUGUCACGUGCCGUGACUUUAUGCAUUCUUAAACCUCGUUGGCUUUGCUAAACCUUUAAGUUGUGAUGUCAAGUUCAUCCUUAAAUGAAUAUGAUUCUUGACACUCUUCGAAACCAAACAACGAUCAAAUCAAAACGGCCAGUGAGUUCCUUCUAGCUAGAAGCACUGCCUCUAAUGCCGCAUUUCCACAUAGCUUUCCCUACUGAAAUUGUAAUAAGUUAUUGUCAUCUUAAUUUACUUUUGUGCCUAUUUCCUUUUUUUUCCCAUUAGUAAUAUCAGCAUGGCAAGUACAAUAGUAGUUUUUUUAUUAAUUAAUAUUAUUAGACCAUGCAUUUAUUAUUAUUAUUUUCCGCUUUUGUUUGUCCAUGUAAUGUUGACAUGUUGGUUUAAUAGUAAUGUGGAUACGUGUAGAUAAAUAUCUAUGCUUGCAGCUUCAAUGGUAAAGAUGUUAUAAUAUGAACUACUAGAAGUAAUACACCUUAUGUUAGGGGUGACAGUACACGCUUGAAUAGAAUAGUACUGCUUGUGUGCGAAUGUUUCCGCGUCGCGUUUGUAUGUGUGUAUAUUCACGCGGGAGAGCCCGGGAAACGAUUUCUCUCCAAAACUGUCCCGCCCUGCGGACCUCUUACAACUAUCUCAGAGAACCAAAAAACACAUCAGGAAACUCAGAACGCCUUAAAAUCCUUUGACUUGUUUUGCACCAUUGUUUACGGUUGGAUAUUUUCUACAGGUAUGCUGUCAGGCGUCGUUCUUCUCAACUAAAGAAAUACACAUGCAAUAUUGCACUUUUUUUCUUACUGGUAUUGUUAACGAUGCUAGUCGUCUGCUAGUGUGAUGGGUUUCACUGUAUACAUGCUACUGCAUAGUGCUCAACUAAACCAACACUGUGGAAGGGGAUAAAGACCUGUCACAAUAAAUCAAUACAUUCGUCUAAACGUGCACCUUCGUGUGAGGAAAAUGGACUUGAUUUUUGUGACUUUUGUGUCACUUUUGUUUGUAUUUUGCUUUACAUUUGGAGUGCAACAGAUACGAAAUAUCUGAUCGCAGUUUGUCUGGUAUCAAAACUACAGCUGUUUUUUAAUGGUUCAUUGUACCAUUUUCGAAUCCUGCAAUAUUCAGAGUGCUUUAAGUAACUGCUGGCAGUAACCUAAAGCGCGAUGACAACUGAUAAGAUCUCAACCACUAUAACAAACCGAACCAGAAUAGUAUAUAAGACUCUGUGUUUGUUCUGUAGCUAAUGAAAUGUUUUAUGUUUGGCCGGGACUUUCUUUUAGUAGUUGUUUUCCUGUAGCGAGUCGUCUGGAUCUGCUGACCGAUCAACGGUACACUGUGUUAGGCUGCGGUGGGCUUUGUGUGUGAUUCUCGAUUGACUGACACCUUUGUGAUUGUGUCUUUUGAUUUUUUCCCCUCACAAUGCCCUCUUUUAGCAGUCCGGAUUCAACUUUGCAUUUGAUACCCCUCCCAUUAUACACGACACAUUUGCAGCUAGUAGUCUGGACAGCCAUCACAAACCACUGGAUCAAGUAUUUCUUUUUCUUUUUUUCCCCCCACGCACUACUGUUUGUGUGUUUUGUGGUCUUUUAAUUUCAGUUAUUAUUUUUUUGUAUUUGGUUUGAUGUACUGGAAAUUGUAGUUUCUUAUGCUUUGUAUUGGUUUACGUACUGUAGAUGUCUAUAUAGUAUGCAAAACAUAGUUUAUGAUAGCUUAGCAAUCGUAUAGCGGAGAAAAUGCAUAUUCUAUAGUUCCUUCGGGAAAAAUGCUACAUCAUUUGCUGUGUUCGAGGCAUCCGAUCUCUGUGGGUCAAACUCAAGUGAAUUAAGAUGUGUGUGUGACCGCGGCUGCUUUUAAUCAUGAUGCGAAUAUGUAUUGAGAAUAUGUAGAGUGAUGACUUUAUAUUGAGAACUGCUUUGUUGCUUGGCGUACAAUCUAGAUCUUGUCCAUCAGUUUUGACACACUAAAAUGAUUAUGCACUGAUUGGCAGAUUGUCGUGUAGUGAUCACACUAAAGCAUGUCUAAUGAGAUCUCCUGAGGUCUCAGUCUACAGACAUGUCUCAUAACAGUGAACCGAUGGGUUUUGUCAAUACAAAUACUUCCAUGUAUCUCCUCAGGUGAUAACACAUAAUGCUGAAAUCCUCUGUCCAUGAGUAGGACCUAAUGUUAAGCAUUCUUUUAAUUUGCUUUGUUUUGCAUUAUUCUGCAAUUAAUUUUUUAUUUAUUACAUGCUUUUGUUUUGAUGGGCUUUAACAUAUCUUUUUUAGUACUUAUUUUAUGGAAUGAGACUUGACUAAUUGAUUUGAUUCAUUGUUUGCCUCCAACAAAAACAAACAAAAAACCUUCCAGUGCUUUUUAAAAAAAGAAAUAAAUGGAUUAA